UGGGGCUGGCGAGGGUGAGUGCGCGUGUGGGCUUGAACAAUGGAGGAUGAUAGGCGAUGAGAACAGAGGCUUCCUGUGCGAGGCACUCGUGCAUGACGGGCGUGGCUCACUCUAUAGUCAGCAUAACCCUAUGCCUCUGCCUCGACUUUUCAAACGGGGCCUCGAGCAGGAGGCCGACAUUAUCCCACUUCUCGGCCAGCCUGAGCGGCGCAAUGCGCUGCAUGGCGGCCUGGACGGCCUUGACGAGCGACGGCGAGGUGGACAUGGGAGAAGGAGGCGACGCGCCCAACACGUGCCCGCGACGCGCCAAAUACCCGAUCGACGACGAUCGGGGCGUCUAUCACCUUCAACCCUCCUCCUCGUCGCCGGCCAUGUCGUCGUCGACCCCGCCGCCCUCCCUCGAGCACCUCGCGCUCUCCGCCACCCGCCUCGCCGCCCAACUCCCCCGCGACCUCGCCUUCCACCGCACCAUCGACGACGCCCUCCGCACCGACCUCGACGACCUCGCAGACCGCACCCACGACCUCCUCGCCGCCCUCCUCACCCUCGCCCGCCCCAACGCGCCUAUCCCACUCACCACCACCAACCACUCCGACUCCGCCCCCCUCACCUCCCCCGCCGCCUUCAAGCACGUCGUCGACACCGUCGACUGGCUCCUCGAGGGCGCAGACGACACCCUCGACGUCCUCACCGGCAAAAAGCGGCCUCCGCAGAUCACCGUCUCCCAACAAGCCGCACCGGCCCCCACCCGCGUCCUCCCAAACCCCACGCCGGACAACCGGGACGUGCCAUUCGCCUACGACGCCUUCAGCCACCCAUACCGGCGCGCGAUCACCCGGCUUGUCGUCCCCCACCAUGUCCUUCAGCCCCUGCCUGCCAUCCACCCCAAGGACACUGUCCCCGCUCUCGGCGUCGACGAUGCGGCCUCAGUCCCCCCACUCCCCACCGACCCGCCCUCCUUCCACACCGUGCCUGUGCAGCUCAUCGACACGCCCGAGGCCUUUGCCGCCUUGAUCGGACGCCUUCGUCGAGACGUCGCGCGGGCGUACCCCAGCGCGGAGAAUGUCGCCCGCGCAUACCCCGACGAGAGGGACGUCACAAGAGCCUACUCAAAUGGCACCCCCACCUACUCGAACGGCACCACCCCCACCCACGAGCUCCUCCUCGCCCUCGACCUCGAGCACCACUCCCAUCACUCCUACCGCGGCUUCGUCUGCUUGCUCCAGCUCACCACACGCUUGCGGCCGUUGGGAGGAGGCUCACCCGAACAAGCCGACUACCUCAUCGACGCCCUCGCCCUCCGCGCCCACAUGCACGCCCUCAACGAGUUCACGACGGAUGCGAGGAUCGUGAAGAUCCUCCACGGCGCCGCCUCCGACAUCCCCUGGCUCGCGGAGAACUUCGCCGGGCCCUCUUCGGGUAGUGAUGACGCCCAAAACAAACCAGGCGUCUCCGUACCCGCCAGCGCGGGCGUAUCACCAGCAGUCAACCCAGGCGUAUCCGUACCCACCGGCGCGGGCGUAUCCACACCCACCGGCGCGGGCGUAUCCACACCCACCAGCGCGGGCGUAUCCCCCGUAGCAGACGCCCAAAACAACCCAGACGUAUCCACAAUCGGCAAGCAAGGCGCACAAAACGCCACGCCCCGCAUCGGCAUCUCCCUCGUCACCCUCUUCGACACCUACCACGCCGCGCGCGCGCUCGGGCUGCCCUCCCUAUCUCUCGCGCACCUCCUGAAGACCUACUGCGGGUACGAGCCGGAUAAGCGCCUCGCCCGCGCCGACUGGCGCGUUCGCCCCCUCCCCCCCACGCACCUCUCCUACGCGCGCUCGGACACGCACUUCCUGCCCUUCAUCUACGACAGGCUGCGGGCGGAGCUGUGCGGGGGUGCGCCCCCCACCCUCCCGGCCGACCCGCACGGCGACGGCGAGGUGCCAGCCGAGACGCCGAUCAAUGUCUUCGUCGCCAGGGAUGAUGGCUUCGUCGCAGGACAAGAUCACGAGGAGCGACCGCCUUACGGCUCGCCAGAGGAGCGCGCGCCCGAGACCGCGUUGACGGCGGUGUUGCAAGCGAGCGCCAGGGUGUGUUUGCGCACGCCGCGGUGGAUCACCUCAGCCACCCUCCCCUUAGCCGCCCUGGCCACCGCGCGCCGGGCGGGGCGCGAGGUGCUGCUCGACGAAGCCUGCCUCGACCACGCGAUCUACCUCGCACUCUACAGGUGGCGCGACGCGACCGCGCGCGCGGCGGAUGAGGGGGUCGGCACCAUCCUCCCCAACUCGUCCCUCCUGCUCAUUGCGGACCGCUGGCGGAACCUGAUCGCGGACACUUCGUCACCCCUCGCCUCCAACCCCACCCCCACCCCCCUCGCCCUCGCCGCCCCGCACGCGGCGCUCGCCUCGCUGGUGGCACCCGCAGCCCUCCCCGCGCCCGUCCGGCUGCGCGCGGCGGAGGUCGUGGGGGCCGUGCUCGGCGCGGUAAGGGGGUGGAAGGGGAGCGCGGUGAAGGGGGACAAGGUGGAUGGGAAGGCGGCGGAGAAGGCGGGGAAAGAGUAUAAGGCGGGACGAAGUGUCGAGGCUGCCAAUGACAAAGACGCCACCGUCAACGCAACGGUGGUUGGGAAGGGAAAUGAGGAGAAGGUUCAGGAGAAGGAAGAGAAUACGGUGAUGGAGACGAAGGAGGCGAAGGAGACAGCGAAGGUGACGGCGAAGGAGACAGCCAAGCUGGCCACCCCCGCCCCCACCGCCUCCCUCUUCGGGCGCAAGCCUGCCGUCGCGGCGAGCUCGUCAUCCCUCUUCGGCGGCGCGCUGGGCGCGAGGGCGGCGUCGUCUUCGUGGUUAGGCGGUUCCGCCUCUUCAACCGCUCCGUCAGCCGUGUCAACCACCUCAGCUGCGGGAACCGCCACCCCAGCGGCUUCCCACAGCGCCCUCUUCGGUGGCACGCUACGGAAAUCGGUCACUGCCUCUCCAACACCUACUCCAGCCGUUUCUGCGGCUCCCUCCCUCGCCUCCAUCGCCGCGCGCGUGCACGCCUCGUUCGGGGUGCUACCCUCUACCUCCACUCCGACUCAAGGCGUCGAGCCCUACAUCACCAAUAUCCAGAACUUCGAGCCCUCCGCAGCCGCCGUCGCCGAGCACGCCUUCGUACCCGCCGGGCAGCGCACGACGGUCUCGGCCCCUACGUUCUCGUCUGUGAGAACAGGUCAAAAGGGACUGACGGACGCGGAGCGGCGCGCUCUGGCUGACGCGGAAAAGGAGAAGGACGAGGAUGCGAUGGACGACGGUCAAGACUCGAGCUCGGGUACUGAGGACGCGGGCGGCAAGAACGCAACCGCGGGGGAAAGGGCCGAUAAGCUGGGCAAGAAGGCCAAGAAGGCCGGCAAAGGUGACAGCAAGGACCAGAAAAGCAAGGCGACCGCGAAGGCCGCCCCCUCCGUCGCCGACGACGCCAUCGUCGCGGGCGCGGGCGCGCGGCAGAAGAAGCGGAAGCGGACGAAGGGCCCCGCCCCCGACCUCUCCGGCGACGCCCCCACUGCGGGCACUACCUCCGCGAUUGCCACUGCAUCAUCAACAGCAAUGGCUGCAGCUCCUUCAACUACCCAAGACACCCCCUUCGACUACGCCUCCGCCUCCACCCCCUUCGACUACGCCUCCGUCCCCAACAUCCUCGACGCGCCCGCGCCGCCCACAACGCCCACAAGCGAGCGCCCGCGGAAGAAGAAGCGGAAGGUGGAGGAGAAAGGCCCCCACUUCCGCGCGCCCGCGCCCGCGCCGGCCGAGGUGCGGGGCGUCAAGGUGAACUUGGCGCAUACGUUCGGGAAGUAGGUUGAUGCGUAUGGUUGGGUGAGUUAGGAAGGAUGUGGACUGCAAGUAGAGUAAUACAAGCGGAAACUCUUAGGGCGGUUCUUCUCGUAGAUGCUUGCAUACUCAAACCUCUUGCAAUGAUGCAGCUUGCGA